AUGAUAUUCUCACUCUCUGAUCUGCCCAACGAGAUCAUCCUUGCAAUAGCCAAGAAGUUGCAUUCAGAGGGCGCGAUCAAUGCAUUGGCUCGAACCAGCCGCCAUCUCUACUCCCUGCUCAAUCCCUUCUUAUACAAAUACCAUGAGCAGCCGAAAAUUCCCGCUCUGCACUGGGCAGCCCAGGGGGGGUAUGCAUCUACCCUCAUGAGCCUACUGGACGCAGGGGUUGAUCUUUACGCAUCCUCGAUCUGGUUUCCAGAUCAAAGUCAAACACACACACUUACUCACCAUCCCCUCACAACUGCGAUAAGGUACGGUCAUUUAAACAUUGUCGAGCUCCUUCUGGAUCGAGGUGGCAUGAGCGAGAGAUUAAAGGAGGAAGAUUACGAGUUGCCGCUGAAUCGAGCUAUAUGGUACGGUCAUAUCCCCAUAUUGCAAUUCUUCCUGCAGAGAGGGGUGAAUCCCUGGAAUACCCGAAAAAUGGAUCCAGCUCUGGUUGCUGCGGUGCGCGGUGGCUAUCCAGAGAUUGUUAAGCUCCUGCUGCGGGAUGCUGAACAUCGACGGCUUCUUGACCCUGCCCGGCUGCUUCAAGAGCUCGGACACGCACUCUGGGUCGCUGCCCACUAUGGCAACGACGAGCUAAUUCACCUGCUGUUGGCGGAAGGUGCUGAUGUGAAUUUCCGGUGGGAUGGAACAACCUCGCUAGAUAGCGCAGUGCUCAACGAUCAUUACUCCACUGCCGAAAUUCUCCUUCAAGCUGGGGCCGACCCGAAGAUAGUGGAUUGCGAUGAUAUAGGACCCCUCUCGCGGGCUGCGAAGCCAAGUGAAGCCAUCUGGUUGGGAAAGAGUCGGCGCUACCCGAACCCUCGAGACCCCAGUCACUUAGUGAUUCCGUAUUCACAAGUUGUUAGAGAUGAAUUGGUGGCUAUGGCGCGUCUUCUUCUUGAUUACGCUGCGGAUGCUGCUGGGCCUGAUGGUGCUACGGCACUGCGGAUCGCCAUGCGCUCGAAAAACCCCGAGCUCACCAACUUGCUCUUGCUACAAGGUGCUCGUGCUUUGAGAAUCAAUCGAACCAUUCAUGGGGCCGGCGAAGAAAACGAUUAUUGGGUGUGA